GUUCCUCAAACAGAGCCCACGGCAAGUGUGACACGUGUCUCCCUCGCACUUCCGUGGACUCCGCUUAAUACACUAUCCCACACACGCCCCAUUCGUGCCAAGCCCCAAAUUUCACACACAGACACGCUCGCCCAUCCCACACACGCGUGAAACCCUAACUCUCACGCGCUCACCCCUCUGUCUCACGCGCCCCCCUCUCCCUAGCCGGAAAUAGCCCCAUUCUCGGCCCUUCUUCCUCGCUUAUUCUAUCUUCGCAGCUUCGGAGAAUAGCAGACGCACUAUGCCGGAGAUACCCUCCGCUCGCCGGGAAAAUGGAUCUGUUCGCAUAGAGCGGUCGGUUGGAGACGGGAAAGUGGAAUUGGAAGAGGAGAUGAAGGAUUGCAGAUAUUUCGAAGCUCCAUUUCUAGGAAAUUGAAAAAUUCGCGUGAGAAUUACGGGAGAAAUUGAGACGCUUCUUUUAAGGUUUUACCACGGAGAAUUCAGAUAAUCAGAAAUCGUGGUGGGGCAGCAAUUUGUGGAUGUUUGCUGCAGUAUAAGAGAAAUCUAUGUCAUAAGAGAAAUGGUUAUAACAUUUUAUAGUCGAGAAGUUAGAGUCCUAAGGUAAUCUUGGAGUUAGAGGUUCAGGAUUAGAGUGGGAAGUUAUGGCAACAGAUAUGCAGAAAUUGAUAGGAGCUAGUGAGGAAGAUGAUGAAGAGGAAAUGGAAAUGGAUGUAAAAGAAGAGGAUGAUGAGGAUGAGGAGAAUGGCGAGAAGCAUAUUGCUGCACAGAUGAUGAUGGGUGUUGAUGGAGUGAUGCAAAGUACAAGUAGUAGUGGUCAGUUUCAGCAUCACCAGCAACUUCAAGAGCAAGUCAGCACCCCAGGGGGAGGAGGAGCUCGGAGGUCUCGACCACUAGAAGAAAAGGAGCGAACAAAGCUAAGAGAGCGGCAUAGGAGAGCAAUAACGGCAAGGAUCUUGGCAGGGCUGCGGAGGCAUGGGAACUAUAACCUGAGGGUUAGAGCUGAUAUCAAUGAUGUGAUUGCAGCUUUGGCUAGGGAAGCUGGCUGGGUUGUUCUUCCAGAUGGAACCACUUUUCCAUCAAGAUCUCAGGGUUCAAGGCCUGCUGCUGGCACUUCUGCUGGCAUAACGUCAUCAUCGUCCCAAAUGGUGUCACAACCGACUCCACCUACCUCAUUGCGGGGAGUCUCUUCUGGCUAUCGGACCUCAGUAGACUACAAUGCUUGUCGAAUGAAAGGUGUUUUCAUGCCUACUCCUUCACCUUAUGAUCUAUCCUCAAGUGCCCAUUCUCAAAGUUCAGGCAUGGUUGGAGAUGGUGGAGAACAAACAGAAAGUCUUCCACUUAUUGCUGGUUCCAUGGAAGCAGUUAACAACAAACAGGUUAUUGAUUUACCUCCUAAGCUACCAGAACAUGAUUUUGCUGGCACUCCAUAUGUUCCAGUUUAUGUGAUGCUACCAUUGGGUAUCAUCAACAUGAAGUGUGAGCUCAUUGAUCCAGACUGUCUGCUAAAGCAGCUAAGAGUAUUGAAAUCAAUCAAUGUAGAUGGGGUUAUGGUUGACUGCUGGUGGGGAAUAGUGGAAGCACAUGCUCCCCAGGAGUAUAACUGGAGUGGUUACCGAAGACUCUUACAGAUGGUUCGUGAGCUUAAGCUUAAGUUACAGGUUGUGAUGUCGUUUCAUGAAUGUGGUGGCAAUGUUGGUGAUGAUGUUUGUAUUCCUCUUCCCCAUUGGGUUGCAGAAAUUGGUAGAAGUAAUCCUGACAUAUUUUUCACUGAUAGAGAAGGAAGAAGAAACCCUGAAUGCCUCUCAUGGGGGAUUGACAAGGAACGAAUUCUAAGGGGCCGAACUGCUGUUGAGGUAUACUUUGACUAUAUGAGAAGUUUCCGGGUGGAAUUUGAUGAAUUUUUUGAGGAUGGUAUUAUAUCCAUGGUUGAAGUUGGACUAGGUCCCUGUGGGGAGCUACGCUACCCAUCUUGUCCAGUAAAGCAUGGAUGGAGAUAUCCUGGGAUUGGGGAGUUCCAGUGUUAUGAUCAGUACAUGUCAAAAAGCCUGAGGAAAGCAGCAGAAUUGAGGGAACACAGCUUCUGGGCUAGAGGGCCAGAUAAUGCUGGGUCCUAUAAUUCCCAGCCAGAUGAAACUGGUUUCUUUUGUGACGGAGGAGACUAUGAUGGUUACUAUGGAAGGUUUUUCCUUAAUUGGUACUCUCAGGUAUUAGUCGAUCAUGGAGACAGGGUACUCUCUCUGGCAAAAUUAGCUUUCGAAGGCACUUGCAUUGCAGCAAAGCUGCCAGGUAUUCACUGGUGGUAUAAAACAGCUAGUCAUGCUGCUGAAUUAACUGCUGGAUUCUACAAUCCCUGCAAUCGUGAUGGCUAUACUGCAAUAGCAGCGAUGCUACAUAAGCAUGGAGCUACUUUAAACUUUGCAUGUCCUGAACUGCAUUUGUUAGAGCAGCAUGAGGACUUGCGAGAAGCAUUGGCAGAUCCUCAGGGUUUAGUCUGGCAGGUGCUGAAUGCUGCAUGGGAUGUUUGCAUUCCAUUAGCAAGUGAGAAUGCUCUGCUUUGCCAUGAUAGGAUAGGCUAUAACAAGAUAUUGGACAAUGUCAAGCCUGUAAAUGAUCCAGAUGGAAGACAUUUUUCAUCUUUUACUUACCUUAGGCUCAGUCCACUUCUCAUGGAGAGACAGAAUUUCAUGGAAUUUGAACGGUUUGUCAAACGAAUGCAUGGAGAAGCGGUUCUAGAUCUCCAGGUAUAGCAAGGGGUAGGGAAGCUCCUUAAAAUCAUGUAUCAUUUCUUUUGCCCCUCAACUAAUGUUGAAGGUACACAUGUUGCAUAUUAGGGUAAUGUUAGUUAAUUUAACAAACACUUGUGUAAAUGGAAAUCAUGGAUAAAAGUGAAGUAUUUUUGGACCGCUCCU